CAUAGAAGGCCUGCCUAGCGCGCACACACAGUCACUUACCAUGGCUCCAGGUGUCCACCAUCUCCUUGUGCUGCUCCUAGCCUUCACAGCCUUCAAUGGCAGCUCUGCGGCGUCUCGUCGUCUUUUGGACACGGCAGCUGCACCAGAGGCCACACCAGCUCAGCCUUCGACGCCGGAAGUUCCAACCACAUUGCCUUCAAUUCCUUCCAUUCCCGCAGUUCCGAAACUCACAAUGCCACCAAUACCGUUCAUUCCGAUCCCGAAGGUCGCCAUGGCACCAACCGCCACUGGCACAGUUCCAUCUCUUCCGAUUCCGGCGAUCCCAACCACCAUGCCGACCAUUCCUACUUUGCCUGUUACCAUGCCACCAAUGCCCUCAAUUCCAACUAUUAUUCCAUCCAUCCCGAUCACAAUACCAACAACUAUGCCUACCAUUCCUGGGUUCCAGAUGCCACCUAUUCCAUUCAUGUCCCCACCUCCAGAAACCACCAGCCCAUGAAGGUCAUCAUAGCAUGAGACUGCUAGUCAGGGGUUUGAUUCGUACACAUAAUAUUAUCAGUGUGUUUGUAAUGUUUUUGUUCUAUUGGAUGUUUUAUUACUGGCUUGCGUUUGGUGUUGAUUGUAAACGCAGUUAAGUUUUUGUACUGUCCUGUUUGUUAAUAAAGCAUUGCUUGGUUUGUUUA